AUGCUGCGGAGGCGACUAGGCGCUAUCUUGCUGUUCGCACUGCUCCUGCUCGUCGACGACGCUCGCUGCGACUCGGAUGGACUGCCCGUAACUGCGCCGACAUCGCUCCAGCCAGGCAAGCAGGCGACAUUUGGCUGGGAUGGAGGGACACCGCCGUAUCGAGUUCGCGUCCUGAUCAACACGCACCAAGACACUGAGUCGAAGGGGCUCACAACGACCCGAUUUAUGUGGUUUGCAAAGGAGACGAAAGUUGGCGACCAGGUUCAGUUCUGGGUGUACGACAGCAAGGGCGCGGAGGGGAAGUCGCCCAAUAUUCCCAUCGUCGCGGCGGCGAGCGCCAGCAAGUCUGCGUCAGGCGGCGGAGGAAGAGCCAGCUCGACGACCCAUGACGCGAGCGGCAAGUCACCGAAGGCGUCUGGAGGUGCGACGGUAGGUGGAGGCGGAUCAGCGAGCGCCAAGGAGACGGGCAAGGCGGGUUCUUCGACUGGGAGCGUCAAGACGGCUGCACCGAGAGGCUCCGCUCCAGCUUCGAAGGACACGGAGGCUUCCAACGACCUCGACACGCCUCUCAACACUGCUGCUGCGACCAUGUCGACGUCUGCACCGAUCGCACCAGCCGACACCGCUACUGUCGCAACCACUCCCGUAACGACACCAGCAGCGGCUCCCGUCGCUCCCGCCAGCGCGCCUACAGCCUCAAGUACCAGCUCGCUCUUCUCCGGCGACAACACGGCGCUCUAUCUCGGGAUUGGCGGAGUAGCGCUCGCACUUAUCCUCGUCGUCGCCCUGCUCCUGUACGUUCCCUUCACCUACCUUUCCAGUCGAAGGAAAACCUGA